GCGAAACAAAGUGUUGAGCCAAACGGAAAAUUUGUAUAAAACGAUAAGAACGUAGAAAAUGUUGAGAUUAAAUACAUGAGUAGUAUAUGCAGUGUUACAGCAAAAACAAAAAAGGGAAAGUGUGUGCGUACGACCGAGAGUCGGUCAAAUGUGCUUUUCUUUACGGAAAGUUCGUACGAAAAGUCAAAGUCGAACAAAUACAAUAACAAGUGGAUACCAAAAUACAAUAAAUAAAUAAAUAUAAAUAAUUCAAACGUUAAGUUGACAGUGCAAAGUGUGACGUUGAGAGUUAUUAUCACUUGAGUGUGAAAGGAUAUCUCUGGUGUUCGUGUGCAAGCAAUGGAAAAUAGCAAUUAAUUGCGAAAAGGUGGAAAGAAAUUGAAAUUGAGAAAAAUUAAAAAAUUAUAAAUAUUUUACCAGCAUACUUUUGCGCGAAUAUUUAUAUAAAUUUGUGUGAGAAGUGUUUCCAUGUGUCAAGUACAGACUUUGAACGACCAGCCUUUAACGCCCGUUGCUUAGUUAGCCGUUCAUUUAUAUGUCGUUUCGCUUUCUAUUGUGCGAUUUUAACGGGUUUAACGUGAAGUGUGCACAAGACACGGCAAGAAAGUGGUGAGAAACAAAAUAAAAGAAUAAUAGAAGUGAGAAGGAAUUAUAAUUUUUAAAACCUCGCGAGUUUCGUAAAACUAAACUUACACUAUAUAGUAAAAAUACCCAAAGAAAGCGUUACCAAGGCAAUGGCAAAAAUAACAACAAUGCAACAACUAUCGUGCGCGUCGCUUUUCCGCCGCUCAGGCGCAUUCGUGUCGUUAAUUGGCAUAAUCCUUGUUGCAUGCGCCACGCAAUUGCCCAACACAGCGGCAAGUGCAGUGCACAGCUCACAGCAGCAACAACAACUACAACAAAAGCCACAAACCAACGUGCGGCAACAACAACCACAUUUUGACAACAUGUUGCGUGAUGCCGCCUAUAAUAAAAACACCCCAAAUCUACAAGUCCUCAGCGAUGAUGAUGUUGCCGCCGUUGACGAGCUCGAUGCCGACAAUUAUGUUGGUGAUGAUUUUUCUAACGACUUCGCUGCCGCUUCGGAGCGUUACGCCAGCUCAGAUGAGUCCUCCAGUGUAGAGCUCUUACGUUUUGUGGACGAGCGUGAUGAUGCAAUGUUGAUACAUGCAACAACCACUGCGGUGCCAGUGGUUGCCACCACUAUCACAACAACAAAAACACCUAGUAUGGCAACAACUACUAAACCAGCCACUACUGAUAAUACGCUACCACUCGCCGAACAGGUACAAUUGCUUUCCAAACAGUUGGACGCGUUGAUGAUGCGCCGUCGCGAGGAUUAUGAGCUGCUCGAACAUAAUUUACGCAAAUCAUUAAGCAUCGGAGUGACAGCAAAUAAUGCGAAUUCGGUGGCCGUUGGCGAUGCGGAUGUACGGACCGAAGUGCAGGAUUUGCGCCGUGAAGUCGCUGCAUUGCGUGAUGGUCACCUCAGUGGCAACAAGGAACGUCUUACCGUUGAAUGGCUACAACAAUCGAUCGCCGAGAUACGCAAACAACUCGUGGAAUUGCAAGAACUCGCCAGCGAGGCGAGCAAAAGCAUUAGCCAUCGCACCCAAAGUUACGAGGACUUGGCUACAGUACGCAAUGACUUCACACAACUCAAAUUGGAGGUGGCCGCAUUGAAGGAACGUCAGCAGCAGAGCGAAGUAUUCAUACAAGAGUUGCGUGAGGAGGCGCUACAGCAGGAGGAAGACUAUAAACACUUGCUCUUGCGCACCGCACACUCUUCCUCAACGCCGACAUUAAAAGCGACGACCGUUGUCAAAUCUGAAUUAGUAUCUGGGGAGCAAGUGAAACAAAAACCAGCCGAGGAGCAGAAGCAGCAGUCGAGUGAAAUUGAUGCUGAAAAUAAUGAGCUAAUCACCGACCCUAUGGCCGCCGAUCACAAACGCCGUCACUGCCGCUUCCAACGUCAGCAAAUCCAUGAACUUCAACUCGCCCAACAUGCACUCAAAUCCCAAUUGAACGAACUCAAGUAUCAUCGUAUUGGCGAACGUGUACGAGGCUUAGAAAUCGAACAGCAUCGUAUGGCCGAUGCCAAUUUCAAUUUGAGUCGACAAAUUGCCUCACUCGAUAAAUUGCACACUUCAAUGCUAGAGCUGCUCGAAGAUGUCGAGAGUUUGCAAACGAAAAUGGACAAAAACCUACCGGAAUUGAGGCAUGAAAUAUCCAAAUUAGAAUUCACCAACGCCCAACUUACCGCCGAGCAGAGUCUGGUGCGUGAGGAGGGUAAAAAUGUGGCGCGUUCCGUACAAGCGAUGGCAGUGAGUGUGAGCACGUUGCAGGAUGAGCGCGAUGCUAAUAAACAAACGCAGGCAUUGGUUGCACAGUUGCAGGGCAAAUUGGAUCGCCUGGAGAGUGUGUCACAGGAUAUGCAACGUGCGGUGAUGCAGCAACAGAAACAGCAUAGUGUGGAACACAAGCUACACCAUGCUCACCAGAAACAUGCCCAUCACAAUCACCAACAUCGUAAUGACAACAACAGCAACAACAACAGCAUAACAAAUCCCACCGAACGGGGUGGCGCCGAAUCGCUUGUCGCAAAGUUGGAAAACGUUGAAGAACAAUACGAGUCCAUUAUACAUAAUCUCCCACAGGAUUGCAGCGAAGUGCCGAGUGGCAGUGGGGCAAGUCUCUUUAUGAUUUCACCAGCCGGCCAACAGCGACCGCGUAUGGUACAAUGUACGGCCGACGGUUGGACCACAGUGCAGCGUCGUUAUGAUGGUAGUGCCGAUUUCAAUCGUUCCUGGGCUGAUUACGCAGCCGGUUUCGGGCAACCAGCUGGCGAAUUUUGGAUUGGCAAUGAACAGCUGCACCAUCUUACACGCAACAAUUGCACACAAUUACGCGUACUGAUGCAGGAUAUCUAUGAUAACGUUUGGUUGGCUCAAUACGAUCAUUUCUAUAUUUCUUCACGAGCCGAUGGCUAUCGUCUCAAUACCGCCGGCUACAGCGGCAAUGCCUCCGAUGCGCUCGACUACCAGCAGGGCAUGCAAUUCUCGGCUAUCGAUGUCGAUCGUGACAUCUCACAGACGCACUGUGCCGCCAACUAUGAGGGUGGCUGGUGGUUUUCACAUUGUCAACACGCUAAUCUGAAUGGUCGCUACAACCUGGGCUUGACUUGGUUCGAUGCGGCGCGCAACGAAUGGAUUGCGGUCAAGUCGAGUCAAAUGUUAAUUAAACGCCAAGCGGCUACUAAAUGCAAUGCCGAAUUGAUGGCCGCUGAAGUGACGCCGCAAUCGUUGUAUCGCACGUCGACGUCAUCAUCGCCAACAGCGCCUGCCGCUGGUCAACUUCAACAACAGCAGCAGCAGCUGAAGGAGGCAGCGACGCGCACGGGGGCAAUGCCGGUAGCGGCGGCGGCUAAAGUGACCAGCGCGACGAAGCGUGCAGUGCGCUCGCCGGCAACGAUAGCGGUUUACGCUUCCGCGGCGCGUCUGUAA